UCAUCUGCUUAGAGUAAAGCUGAUGAUGAGCUCAGUGAGUCAGGGCGUGGCCACAGCGGACCAGUGGACCAGCGGACUUAUAGAUGUGCAGGGUUCUGUUAGCGUCAGUCGAUCCGGUGCUUUGAUGUGACUCUCCCGGUUUCCUGUCCGGCCGGAAGCUAGCAGGCUAACGUUCAUGCUGAACAGAACCGUGUUCGAGUGGGAGGAGCCAUCGGUGAAGAGAGGGCGAGCUAACGCAGCUAGCCGCUAGCAUAGCGGGACUUCCACCGUCAACAUCCGGUCUGGAUAUGAUGUGAGGAUCGUCUCACCCUGAGGGACUCGAACACACGGAGAGACCCACCUGACGUCACCUGACGUAGACCUGACGUACAACUGACGUAGACCUGACGUACAACUGACGUACACCUGACGUACACAUGGGGAACAGCGCGCUGAAGUCUCACCUGGAAACUUCCCAGAAGACCGGAGUGUUUCAACUGACCGGAAAAGGACUGCUGGAGGUCCCUGAGGAGCUGCAGAGACUCACCUCCAACCUGAGGACGGUCGAUUUGUCCGGGAACAAGAUCGAGCUUCUUCCUGUUUCCAUCGGAAACUUCCUGCAGCUGAAGAGUCUGACGCUCAACUGCAACCGCCUGACCACUGUCCCCAGUGAGAUCGGGAAGCUGAAGAAGCUGGAGACCCUGAGUCUCAAUGGGAACCGGAUCCAGCAGCUGCCCCCCACGAUGGGCCAGCUCCGGGCCCUGCGCUCCCUCAGCCUGGCAGGGAACCAGAUCUCAGAGGUUCCCUCUGGACUGGCGACCCUGAGGCAUCUGGACCUGCUAGACCUGUCCCGAAACCAGAUCCACAACGUUCCUGCAGCGGUGUCUGAGCUGCAGGCUAUCGAGAUCAACCUCAACCAGAACCAGAUCUCCAUGGUGUCACCUGAGGUGUCUCUGUGUCCUCGUCUGAAGGUUCUCCGCCUGGAGGAGAACUGUCUGGAGCUGUCCUCCAUCCCUCUCUCCAUCCUGAACGACUCCCAGGUGUCUCUGUUUUCUCUGGAGGGAAACCUGUUCGAAGUCCGGAAUCUCAGAGACCUGGAGGGAUACGACAAGUACAUGGAGCGUUUCACAGCUACUAAGAAGAAGUUCACCUGAUGAUGCUUGUUGACCUCGGUGCUCCACCUGGAGGCGGGGUUAGCCCCCCCACAGCUUCAUCCUCACAGCGCCCCCUGUCUGCAGGACCGCUGAGCUGCUGCUGUGAGGACAUUUCCCCAAUCACAGGUCACAUGGACGAAGAGGAGACAUGUGGGACUAACGAUCCACUCGCUGUGAUCCAAGACAGUUAUUGAGACGUAGGCCAGGAGCUGCAAUUUGAUCACCAAACAAUAAUUUGCUGAUUAAUUGAUUAAUUUUUCCAGAUUAAAUGUCGAGAUUCCAGCUCCUCAUUGUUUCUGUAUCGUCUGUGACAGUCGCUGUUCCUUUAAAUCACAUAUUAAUAAAGUUUUAUGUAUGGAUAUGUAAAUUAGCCCCGCCUCUGUCUCAGCUCCUGGUGACAUAAAGCAACUUGAAAGACUUUAACAUGAACUCACUAAUCCUGUAUGAUUAUCUAUAACUUAUAAAAAAAAUUACUAUGAACCACAUUUUUGAAAUAUUAUAAAUACUAAACAAAAGCCAAAUCAAAUAUAAUAUAUCUUCAUGAGCCCCACCCCCCUGUGAUGUGGCAGACACUUCCUGUAUUUAAAUCCACUGCUUCCUGUACGAGCCGUAGACAAAUAAUAAACCAAGUGUGUGUGUCAACCUGGUA